GGGGGGGGGCUAGGAUGAAAUUUGAAAAAAAUAGGCAGGACAGGAGAUUUGAGUAAAAAAAAAGGCAGGAUAAGAUUAUUUGCCAAAAAAAAAAGCAGGAUGACAAUUUAUGUAAAAAAAUAGUCAGGAUAAACUAAAAAAAAAAGGCAGGACCAAAUAGAGUGAAAAAUAAAAAAGGCAGGACCGAAUAGAGGGAAGAAUAAAAAGGCAGGACAAAAUUUUUCAUCCUAGCCCCCCCAUAAAAAUCAAAUGGUAGCUCCCUAAAUAGAGAAAAUCUGACAGGAGCAGAAAUGUUCAGAAUGUUGAACUCUACCAAUUGUUCAUAUACAUCAAAACUGUCAGACGACUUCUUAUAGGUGUUAUUGCCCUUAAUGACAAAUUUUACCAUUUUUUUUUCAUUUUUAUACGACCGCAAAAAAAUUUUUGUGGUCGUAUAUUGGUAUGACGUUUGCGUCAUUGUCGUCGUCGUCCGGCGUUGUCCGAAGACACAUUGGUUUUCCCACUCUAACUUUAGUUUAAGUGAAUGGAUCUCUAUGAAAUUUUACCACAAGGUUCAAUACCACAAAAGGAAGGUUGGGAUUGAUUUUGGGGGUUAUGGUACCAACAGUAAAGGAAUUAGGGGCCAAAAAUAAGCAUUUUUGUAACUUCCAGACAUAACUUGUGUGUUAGUGUAUGGAUCUCUCUGACAUUGUACCACAAGGUUCCAUAUCACAAAAGGAAUGCUGGGAUUGAUUUUGGGGGUAAUUGCCUCAAAAUUUUAGGAAUUAGGGGCCAAAAAAGGGGCAAAAAACAAGCAUUUUUCUAGUUUCAUGACAAUAACUUGUGUGUAAGUGUAUGGAUCUUUCUGAAAUUGUACUACAAGGUUCCAUAUCACAAAGGGAAAGCUGGAAUUGAGUUUGGGGGUAAUUGCCGAAACGUUUAGAAAUUGGGGGCCAAAAAUAAGCAUUUUUCUAGUUUCCAGACAAUAACUUGUAUUCAAGUGUAUGGAUCUCUCUGAAAUUGUACUGCAAGGUACCAUACCACAAAGGGAAGGCUGGGAUUGAUGAUGGGGGUAAUUGCCUCAAUAUUUUAGGAAUUAGGGGCCAAAAAGGGGCAAAAAACAAGCAUUUUUCUAGUUUCAGGACAAUAACUUGUGUGUAAGUGCAUGGAUCUUUCUGAAAUUGUACUACAAGGUUCCAUAUCACAAAGGGAAGGCUGGGUUUGAGUUUGGGGGUAAUUGCCUUAAACGUUUAGGAAUUUGGGGCCAAAAAGGGGCCAAAAACACAUUUUUCUAGUUUCCAGACAAUAACUUGUGUUCAAGUGUAUGGAUCUCUCUGAAAUUGUACUGCAAGGUACCAUACCACAAAGGGAAGGCUGGGAUUGAGUUUGGGGGUGAUGAAUCAUAAGGGGGUUCAAAAAAUUUGGGGGGGGGGAUUUUUUUUUUUUUUCCUUUUUUUUCUUUUUUUCCUUUUUUUUUUCUUUUAAAAUUUUCCAUUUUAAGUUGGUUAUUUCUGAUUUAUAUUUAAAAGCAAAUAAUAAUGAUAUGGUAGGAGAUACACACCAAACAGGAUGUGUAAAUGAUUAUAUAAUAAGUAUUGUGCAAUAGCAAGAAAUUUUCAAUUGCACAGUAUUGCACAAUAGCAAGAAAUCUUCAAUUGCACAAUAUUGCGCAAUAGCAAGAAAUCUUCAAUUGCACAGUAUUGCGCAAUAGCAAGAAAUAUCCAAUAGCACAAUAUUGCGCAAUAGCAAGAAAUUGUCAAUUGUACAGUAUUGCGCAAUAGCAAGAAAUAUUUAAUUGCACAGUAUUGUGCAAAAGAAGAUACUUCGUAUAAAUUGCUUAUUCCUUGACCAAUUUCAAUGGGGUUUUAUUCGUGAAUUCUUGGGGUUCUUUAAUAUGCUGAAUCUAACCGUGUAUUAAGUUUUUGGGUUUUGGGCCCCGUUUUUAAAUUGGUCCACAUUGAGGUCCAAAGGGUCCAAAAUUAAUCUUUGUUUGAUUUCAUCAAAAAUUGAAUUAUUGGGGUUCUUUGAUAUGCCGAAUCUAACCGUGUAUUUAGAUUCUUAAUUUUUGGUUCCGUUUUCAAAUUGGUCUACAUUAAGGUCCAAAGGGUCCAAAAUUAAACUUAGUUUGAUUUUAACAAAAAUUGAAUUCUUAGGGUUCUUUGAUAUGCUGAAUCUACACAUGUAUUUAGAUUUUUGAUUAUGGGCCCAGUUUUCAAGUUGGUCCAAAUCGGGGUCCAAAAUUAAACUUUGUUUGAUUUCAACAAAAAUUGAAUAUAUGGGGUUUGUUGAUAUGCUGAAUCUAACCAUGUAUUUAGAUUUUUGAUUUUUGGGCCCCGUUAUCAACUUUGUCCACAUUGAGGUCAAAAAGGUCCAAAAUUAAACUUUUGUUUGAUUUCAUCAAAAAUUGAAUUCUUGGGGUUCUUUGAUAUGCUGAAUCUAACCAUGUAUUUAGAUUUUGGAUAUUGGACCAUAAUAGGUGAAUGUCCAAUUUAAAAUUUCUAAGUUCUUAGACCACAUUCAUUCUGUGUCAGAAACCUAUGCUGUGUCAAAUAUUUCAUCACAAUCCAAAUGCAAAGCUGUAUCAAGUUGAAUGUUGUGUCCAUACUUGCCCCAACUGUUCAGGGUUCGACCUCUGCGGUCGUAUCAAGCUGCGCCCUGCGGAGCAUUUUAUUACCUAAUAUCUUGAUAACUAUAAUAGAUACAGAGAAACUUUAAAGUGCAAAAAUGAUCAGCAAGACAAGAUCUACAAAUAAGUCCGAUGGUCGAAAUUGUCAGUCAACUCCUUAUUGUUAAUUAUUACACGAGGGUCUCUAUUGUUUUAACUUAUAAGACCAUUUUUCUCUAUUCUUUAUUUAUUUUGACCAUUAUUUCAUAUUCUUAUAUUUCAGCACCCCAUUACUCUCUAUUCUUUAUUUUUUUCUUAUUCUUAAUUUUUCUCUUUAUUCUGCACCUUUGACCAUUAUUCUCUAUUCUGUAAACCCCAUCCCGGUCCUCAUAGAAUACAUUAGAUGUAAAGACUAGUCCAUUCGAGCAUUGCAGUGCAUUGUUUUUUAUUAAAGGGACGAAUAUUUAAAAUUACAUAUAUAUCAUAAAUCAACUGAUUCAUACGAAAAUCACUUGGAACGGUUCGUGGAAAUCAAUCUGUUAUUUUUCCAAGAAUUCGUGGCUAUUGAAAUGUUUAAAAUCAUAAUAAAAAAGUUAGCUGUUAGUGAGAUAAUCAAAUCAAACAAGAUGCCGAAUACUUUUCUUUUUGCUUUUUAUGGAUUUUUUGGCUUCACCGUUGGAUUUCAUUGUGACAAGAGCGCUGACCACUGCUUUACAUCUAUCGAUAUAAAGACUGCGUUUACGAUGAAUGGGAAUGAAUUUGGCCAAGUGUAUGCAAAGGAACGACAACUGUUCUCGCCUAAGGAAAACGGUCCAGUUCCAAUAGAUAACAUUAUAUCUGCUGAUGGUUGGAAUCUGACCAGAAACCUUAUUACUGCCAAUGGAACCAUGCCAGGGCCAUCUAUUUUCAUUUAUCAAAAUCAAACUAUCACAGUGAUUGUAAAUAACCUUUUGAUCAAUGAGGCUGUUACUAUUCAUUGGCACGGCAUAGAUCAGCUUAAACAUCCAGCUAUGGAUGGUGUUGCAUUUGUUUCACAAUGCCCAAUAAUGCCAGGUCAAUCCUUUAAUUACACGUUCCAGCCUCGUUUUGGAGGGUCUUACUGGUACCACUCUCAUGUUGGGAACCAAAGAGAUAUGGGUUUAUAUGGCGCUUUUAUUGUCCUCCGCAAAAAGGAGCGUCUACGAAUGCCAUUUAUGAAUCAGCAUAUCGUUCAAAUUCAAGAAUGGAACCAUCAGUUUGAUACAAUGGCGUUACUAGAUUUGAAUGAUAAACUAUAUGAUACAUCCCCUCAUUCAAUCUUAAUCAACGGCCGAGGACAGUUUAAAGAUAUUCUUGCCCCCAUUGAAACGUUCAAUGUUAGGAAAGGUAGUCGAUAUUUGUUCAGACUUAUUGCAGUUGGCUCCCAUCGUACCCUCUUAUUUUCAAUCCCAGGUUUAAAACUAAAUGUGGUUGAAACUGAUGGAUUUGAGGUUGUGCCGACUGUUGUAGAUAAAAUAAUCAUAUUUCCUGCGGAACGGUAUGAUUUUGAAAUAGAUUUGGAUUAUGCCGAGGAAAGAAUUUACAACAUUACCGUAAGUGUUCUUUCAUCACCAAAUCUUACGGUUGGAGAUACUAUUGGACUUGGAUUUCUUAAUGUUCAGAAAGGAGAUUCUUCAGCCAUGAAAUUUCACACUAAUGAUAACAAGUUUCGGGUAUUAAAUUGCCCGUUUCAAAUCUAUCCACAAAGGAAGAAUUUUAUUUGUGUCCCUGUGACUGACUUGAAAUCUCGCAAAAAUAUAGAUGAUGAAGAUUUUAAUGUAAAAUAUGUCAAAGAAACAAAUGAAAAAGCAUUACAUUUCUUGAACUUUGGAUUUCCCGGUGAUCAUUCAUCUAUAAAUGGACGUAUUUUUCGUUGGCCAACAGUUGCACCUCUGACACAACCGUUUGAAACCGAUACCGACUGUAAUGGAUGCAGUGAUGAAAAAACCUGUACAUGUAGCCAUUCUUUGAACUUAAAAUCUGGAUCUGAAGUCAUUAUGGUUCUGUUGAGUCUUGGCCAAGGAGCAAUGAUUGCUCAUCCUAUUCAUAUGCAUGGCCACACGUUUGAAGUUCUGAAGAUGGUGUUUCCUGAAGUUACAAGUAAUGGCAAGUUCGUAUUCACACAGGACAUAAAAUGCAGCGAUACGCUCUCUAAUAAACAAAGCCAAUGCAAUAACGCCAAGUGGAGAAAUGAAGCGUGGAAUGAUUACAAUAAUAUUCCAGGAAUAAACUUGAUUGAUUCUGUACGAAAAGACACAAUAGUUGUACCAUAUGGGGGCUAUGCAAUAAUCAGAAUAGUUGCCAGUAACCCUGGGAUGUGGUUCUUGCACUGUCACAUUGAUAAGCACAUGGUCGAGGGAAUGGCUCUUAUGCUUAAUGAAGCGUUUGAACAUCAGAAUAGAUAUAUCCCUAAAGGUCUCCCAACCUGCCAUAGCUAUUUGAAGACAAUGUCAGGAGUUGUUAGUGAAUUGUCAGAAGAAGAAAACAGAUCCAAAGAUGCGGUGACAAUCAUUGUGUUAGCUGUUCUCCUAGGUCUGGUAUCACUUUUGGUCAUUAUUUUGAUUUGUCAUAUAAUUCAGAGGAAACGAUCAGAUGACACUCCUGCCCGACAAACAGAGUCGGUACUUCUUUCAUUCAUCCCAGAACAGUGAUACCACGUGACUUAGGAUUACUUAAACCUGAUCUAUUAAAUCCCGCUUUCUUUAAUUUUCAUGCUUUUUUCACAUUUCUCGAUCGGUGUGAGAAAAUAUUUCUUCGUUCAAGAGAAAACUUUAUUCUCGGCAAAUGAUUAGUCGAAAUGCAAUUAUGACCUCAAAUAUUCUUGGUUUCUUCUGACGACAUGAAAAAGGUUCGGCAAGUCUCGCGCUUUACCUAUGAAAAUUUAAAUGUCUCAAGUGGAGAAAUAUCGUAACGCACUUGAUGCAGUGGUGGAAUCUAAACUCGUUAUUUAACUUAGUGUUUAUAAUUCAAAAUUUUACAUCAAUAGUUUUGUGUUGAUUAAGACUUUGAUUAGACUCAAAAGUCUCAAUAUGAAAUCAUAUAACUGUUAAUAGAAAAUUAGACUAAAACAUGUUUAAUAAAUCCGAUUUUUUACUA